CUACUGGGCCUCGGAUGAAGGAGAAGAAGCCUUCCAAAUACGCUACUAAGAAGUCGCUGAGCCUGCCGUCCAGCCCCUUGCGCAUCACUAGGCCCCAUGCCGAUGUGCGCCUCGAAGAAGGCGAAUAUCCGACGCUGAAGCAGAUUCGCAAGAAAAUGGAGCCCGGUACCAGCUGGUGGCGCCGAGUCUUGAACUCCAUCUAUCGCGCUCUGGGAAUUCCGAUCAAGCAUCCUCACUCCAAGCCAACUGACUGGUUCUUGGAUAAAUUCUCCACUCAGGAAUUCUAUGAUAACGAUGAGACAUCUGAUGACGAGAAUGGCCCUCGCUGGCUUUGCGGACUGAGGCUGGGCUUUGACCCUACCCUCCCUGCUCACUAUAACUGGUUAGCCGUGGUGUCACUCGCCAUCCUGUACAACGUAGUUUUUGUUAUUGGCCGCGCUGUUUUCUGGGAACUUGACAAAACGCCCUCCUGGUUUGCUCUUGAUUAUCUUUGUGACGCUAUCUAUAUUAUUGACACCGUCGUCCACAUGCACGAAGGCUAUUUGGAACAAGGAAUUAUGGUUAAAAACUCUGCGAAGCUACGCCGCAAUUAUAUGAAAUCUGAUUGGUGGCCCUAUGAUUUCAUUUCCUUAAUUCCAACGGAUAUUGCAUACUACUGGUGGUCACCUGGACUCUGCGAUUUCGACCGUUUGCCGUGCCCUGUUAUUGUGCGACUCAAUCGACUGUUCCGACUGCCUCGAAUGUGGGAGUGGUUCGAUCGUACCGAAACCGCGACAAGUUUUCCAAAUGCUUUCAGGAUUUGCAAGGUCGUAAUGGCGAUAUUAGUACUCAUCCAUUGGAAUGCGUGCUUAUAUUUCGCAAUUAGUUACGCCAUAGGUUUCGGUAACGAUAAUUGGGUCUAUAACAUAACAGGAUCCCGCAAUGAAACUCUAGCUCAUCAAUACAUUUAUAGCUUCUAUUGGUCUACCUUAACGCUUACCACUAUCGGAGAAACGCCCCAACCAGAAGUUGAUGUUGAAUACAUAUUUGUGGUUCUCGACUUUUUGGCUGGUGUUUUGAUAUUCGCGACAAUUGUCGGCAACAUCGGCUCCAUGAUCUCAAACAUGAAUGUUGCAAGAGUUGAAUUUCAAAACAAAAUGGAUGGAGUCAAACAAUACAUGGCGUUUCGCAAAGUGAGCGGUGAGCUGGAAGCCAGAGUCAUCAGGUGGUUUGCUUAUACGUGGGCUGAAAGUGGUGCACUGGACGAAGAACAUGUCCUAUCAUCACUGCCUGAUAAACUUAAAGCUGAAAUAGCCAUACGCGUGCAUUUGGACACAUUGCGCAAAGUGCAAAUAUUUCAAGAUUGCGAACCAGGAUUGUUGGAGGCUUUGGUUCUUAAACUAAAACUUCAAGUCUUCAGUCCCGGAGAUUACAUUUGCCGGAAGGGAGAUGUCGGCAAAGAGAUGUAUAUUGUGAAGAGCGGAAGGCUUCAAGUAGUAGCCGAUGAUGGGCAAACUGUUUUAGCAACGUUAGGGGCCGGCUCAGUGUUCGGAGAAGUGAGCGUCCUUGAUAUUGCUGGCAACAGAACUGGGAACAGGCGAACAGCUAAUGUGCGAGCUUUAGGGUAUUCUGAUCUAUUCUGCCUGGCUAAAAGAGAUCUGUGGGAAGCUCUAGCUGAUUAUCCUGACGCUAGGGCCACCCUGACCAAACGUGGAUGUCAAUUAUUGCGCAAGGAUGGCUUGCUCGAUGAAUCUGUUUUUGAAAAUGCAAAGACCACUCAACUCAGCAUGGAAGAAAAUGUUCGCAAACUGGAAGCCACAAUCGAUCUUCUAAACAACCGAUUACAAGGACUAUUAGCUGAUGUUGGUCAAGAGCAAGCCAAACUUAAGCAGCGGCUAAACAAAAUAGAAGCCAGAAUUAUUGAAACUGAUGAUGAAGAAUCAGGUUCCGAAGAUUCAACAUCAGAAUUGCGCAGUGAAAUGAUCAAAGUAAGCGAUGCACCCAGCUACCGCGAGGUCCCAUCAAGCUCUACACAAUAUGUCUCGAUGCUGUACACCAACCACCCCAUCCGGGAGCGCGGUCAUUCCCUUUGCGUUGAUCGUACACCAGGGUUACUCCACAUCACACCUGAACCUCGAAGUAAAUCUUUACGCUUAAAGAGGAAAGAUAAUCCAAAGUGAAAGAAAUGAAAGUGAUAUUAUGGUUAGUGGAUAGAUAUAUAAAGAGAUUGAUG